AAUUAAUGUGCAGAAUCGUGUUGUUGGAAUUUUGUUCAGGCGUGAGUUAGUCACGUGACACUGUCUGGGUGUCUUUUCCAACGUAUUUAAGCAAGGUGCUUAAAUAUAUAUGCAUGGGGUGUGUUUUAAUAAUACCUAACAAUUUUUAGAGUAAGUUUUCUUUAUCAUUUUCGGAUAAACAUUUCUCUCUCAUGAAACCGCGUCAAGAGUAAAACUUCGCUAGUUCCCGUGGUCACUCGUUAAUACACGGAAAUAGAAUCGGGCUAGCGCCGGAAACCAAGGAAAAAUAAAACGAGACGCUAUCGCGUGCGCGCUAUAACGGGGUUCAGCGGUCCAUUGCGAAACCAGGUCGCUCCGCUAGUCACAUAUUUGAAGGCUAGUGUUUUUGGAAGCGAAUCGUAUUGCAGUUUUCGUGGGAUUACCAUUCAUAUACAUUAUGGCAGGGUUGUUAGUGCGGCAUGUUCACUGCUAAACAGCCUUGUGCUUUCUUCUAACUUAAUUAGUAACAGCAGCCAGGGGGGUUAGUAAACAGCGAAUCUACGCUCGUGUCUGGUAGGUCUAGGCUCGAUUGCCCGCGGCGGCGGUGAUGAGAAUGGUAGACGAGGCUAUCAUAUUUCAGUUUCGGUGCCAAGACCUGAUAACAUUGCUCACUUCCGCCUUGGGCGGUCACGCUCGCCAUUUUGAGGAGACAGGGGAGCUGCUGAGAAAUUAUCAAUCUAUCGAACUCCAGACAGAUGUGCUACAGACAUACAGGAUAAUACUUGAAGCAUCCUGAAUUCUAUCAAGCACAUUUUUCAAAAUGGAAGCAGUCUGAUAGAGAGAGUGGGCCUCUGGAUGCUCUCGAACAUGAUUCUGUCUGUGAAGAUGAUGACGACGAUGAGGCUUUGAAUGAACUCCAGACUUUACUCAUCAUGGAGAAGAGAUUUCUGCUACUUCAAUAUUAUAACUCUUCGAAGAAGGUUGUUUUCAGCGGAGCUCUCACCCUCAAUUUAGUUUCUGAAAAUAUCAGGGCUAAGUUCAGAAUAACAAGUUUCACUGCUAAGUACUGGGACAAGGAUGUGGAAGACUUUGUAGAUUUGGAAGAAUCUUCCAUAGAGGAUCUUCAAGAGGACAGAGUAAUUAAAGUGAGGGUUUUUCCCAUUCCAAAUACUGAAGUGGCUGGCGUUACCAUGGUUACCACACUUGACCAAGAACGAGAGCAUAGAGAGCCCCCAAGAGAUGAGGUCCAGCCAUCCUCGGGGAUGCUGGUUGAGGUACAGCAGGUGAAGAUGGAGACGGAUGCACCGAGAACCAGUGAGGAAGCACCUCCAUACAGCCAAGGAUGCAAGACACCAGCUGAUGACGGCAGAUUGGAGUCUACCCAUGAACUCCCCAACAGAAAGCCAUGGCCGAAGACCUAUGUCUUCCCAUCUGCAGCCUGCCCCAGGUCUCUGCUGCAGAAGCUGGAAACACAGGAACCUUUGGAAAAACGGGACAUCAGCCUCCUCAAAGACAUCUUAUACAAGGAUGCCUCAUUGUACGAAGGGGGACUGUACCCAUCUGUGGAACGAUACAGUUUGCUGGUGGAUACCAUCCUCAGCUCAUUCCCCUAUCUGGCCAAGCAGGGUGAAGACAUGCCCCUUCAUCUAAUCAGGGUGUACUGGAGAGAAAAGCUGAAACAGAAAUGGGGCAAUGAGAGGAAGGUGAGGGACAGGGAUCGGCCGGAAGUUCAGGCAAGAACACGAAAAAAAAAAUCAGAACCUUCCGAGGAACCUGCUUCCAAGAGAGUCAACCUCACUUGGGGAUUGGCCAACUUCCUGCCUCCUCCACUUACGUCUGAGGAUAGUGAAUCCAUCGAAGCACACGUCGACUGGCUCCAGAGGGAGUUCAAGAAGACAGCUCCGUGUAUGCCAAAAGUAUAUCUGAAGAUGAACCUCACCUUUCCAGAAAGACGGAGGAAUGUAAUUACACAGGGUCUUGACGUCGGUGACCUUCUGCUGAAGUAUCCAUGGUUACAUCAAAGAGAACAGUUGCUGACAGAGUUCAGCCGACUUGAGCCGAACACAGCUUGCCAGAACAUGGACGACCUGUUGAUGGAUGGCUUCAGCAAGUACCACGAUUCCAUCACUCAUCUCGCCAAGGGAAGGAAGAUGCCCAGGUUCCAGCGGGACUUCUACGAAGAAAUGCUGCUUCUAAGAAUUGACUCCCAACGAAAGUAUUCAAGUCAGUGUGCAGCGGUGUUGGGACUAGGGACCCUCUUCAAGGAGAAGAUGGAGAAGGUCGUGAAGGUCAAGGACACUCCUGAUGGCGAGAUGGCUAUCCAGCUUAUUGCAUUGGACAAAAUCUCUACUACCUCCAGUGGAGCCUUCCAAGUCCACCUAGAAGGCCACCUCGUGUUUGUAGGAGAUACAUUCAUGCAGGCUGUAGCAGGUCUCAUGGCGGCAAUCUACACCUUCAAUCUUGCUUAUCCAAAAGAAUGCGAAAAAACUUUCCUUUUUAUUCAGAAAGUUGUACUGAGACUGGCAGAUGAUGAGCAAGUUGACAAGAGGAUAGUGUCAGUCCUCGCCCAAAUCCAGAAAGAAAGAAAUAAUUCCAAAUAAACAGACACCAGAGUGUAUCCUUCAUGACGCGAUAUCAACUUUGAUAGUAUUUAUUGAUGACAGAGUGAGAGAGUGAGUGUGUUUGGUUUUACGCCACUUUUAGCAAUAUCACUGCAGGGAACACCAGAAAUGGGCUUCACACAUUGUACCCUCUUGAGGAAUCGAACCAGGGUCUUUGGCGUGACGAGCGAAACUUUUAACCACUAGACUACCUGACCGCCCCUAUUGAUGACAGAACCUUUUGCAAGUGAAUGGAUGGUGUGAGUCAUUGACAUGUUUUUCAUUGAAUCACGACCUAUGAACAUAAUUUUGUUUAUUUGAUGUUUUUUCUGUAUCUAUAAAGUUUUUUUCAACUUUGUAGUUUUCUGUUUGCUGUUUUAUCCUGAAAGUGUACAUUUUGUGUUAUUACUAUAGAUAGUGAGUUUGGUAGUAUCGUUUUUCCGUUUAAGAAAUAUUCCAGCAAUAUCACGGCAGGGGACACCAGAAAUGGACUUCACACAUUGUAUCCAUGUGGGAAAUCGACCCCGAGUCUUUGACGUGAUGGCGAACACUGCUACCAUGAGGUUGCACUGUACACAGAGGUUUGUAGUUACAGAUCAUGAACUGUUAUGUACAGGGGCAUUUAAAAACAUUUGUUACACAAUUAUAUAAUGCUUAAAAAAAUAAAAGAAUUUUUUUCUCAGGCAACGGCUUUUAAAAACAUAGUGCGGGUGGGCGGUGUUGUUCAAACUAGAAUGUAACCUAAGAAACAAGUGUGAAACCAAAUAAACAGUUGUGUACAAUCAACCUGGGAAAGGGCCUCCCUACAUAAAUACAUUCCUUGAUGAGUAAAAUACUGAAAUACAAUGUGAAAUUAAAGGAUAUUUUUGUUUGUUUGUAAAAUGGAAAUAAAAAUAAAUUGUGCAGCGAACUUUUUGAUGAUACAAGCGGUGCCUGUAAACCAGGACUAUUUUUUUUUUAACCUAUUAAAGCCAUGUCAUUUAAGAACCUGCUGUAUGGCAAUGUUGGUAUUUGUCACAGUUUUAUUUAUUUUUUUAAAAUUAUUUUUUGAAUUUUUAUUAUCAUUUGCUGCACACUUGGGACCAAAUAUCAGCCUCUUAGCUAGUCUAGAUAAAUUCCUGGAUACUGAUCCUUUUGUAAGUGAUCAUGGCAUCCAAUUUGUGAUAUAUUUUACACAAAGAAAAACAAGCUUAUUUUGUUGCUGUUGACUUAAAAUAUGAAUGAAAACAGGUGUCUUUGCAGCAUUUGGCUAAUCUUGCAGGGCUUGAUUUAGCUAUAUUAAACAUCAUCAUUUGUAUUAUCAUGAUCAUAGUAACACUUACGUUUAUCAAUGUACUUGUAUAAUAAUUUGGAGAAAUGGGUUUUAUUAUAUACCUCAGUGUGAAAGACUGAGUUGUUCGAGGUUGAGAAAAGUGAUAUUUUCAAUUGCAGUGAACAUAACACUUGAUAUUUCACUGCAGUGCAUAUAGAACUUUGAGGGAACUAUUGGCUAUGCCACUCGUGAAAAUGUCUCCUUUUCCCCUCUCACGAGAUGAGGGAAACAUGAUAUUUCACUCAACACAUGAAAUAUCUUCUAUUUAUUAUAUACUUCAGUGUGAAAGACUGACUUUUCUGAAUUUGAGAAAAGUUACAUUUUCAUUGCAGUGAACAUAUCACUUGAUAUUUCACUGCUGUGAACAUGACACGGAUAUAUUGUCAUACUAGAGUUACCUCCCCUUAAACUGUCUCCCUUUAUCAUAAGUGUCUAGCCCAUACACAAAACAUUGACGUCCUAUUUACACUAGUUCCACAGUGACAUGGCAAAAUAAUGGCAGAUGGUAAUUUAUGGAGUUAAUAUUACUUCUUGCUGUUUGUUAUUCUCUCGAAAAUCAUCAGUAGAAACUAACAUUUUUAGUCCACAAGUCCUUACAAUGAUAACAUAUAGCAAAACCCUUAAGAAUGGCAAAUUUCUACUAGUCCUUUAUAUAUGAUAUCUCAAUUAUUGGGCAGUUUUGCAAGGACUACAGAACUAGUACUAAUUACUGACGCUGAAAAUGUUUCAUUAUAAACUGUAAAUUUCUCAUUUAACUCGUCAAUUGAGACUGUUUGUUUCGCAAUGCAGCAUUUUUGUUACUUGACCAGUGUGUUAUUCUUUCGCUUCAAACUGCAGUCUCCUAGUUUUUAAGAAUAUAUUUUGUUAGAGUUGAUUUUAUAUAUUAUCAUAUCUAAAUGUAUGAUAAAGAAUUAUCGUGACCCUACAUAUUUUUGGAUACUUUUGUUUAUAUUUUUAAACAUUUUGCAAACACGAAACUAGAAAUUUCAUUUUAUUAGUCCAUAAUGGUAACUUUCAUUGAUAGGAUGCAUCCGUGAAAAUCCGGGUUAGAAAUGGUCCUCAGCUACCCAUGCUUGUUGUAAGAGGCGUCUAAAGUGAUCAGGUGGUCAGGUUCGGUGACUUGGUUGAUGCAUGUCAUCUUAUCUUAAUUGUGUAGA